UUCAGUUUCACUGCACAAACAGACAAACACCAUUUCCAUGGCCGAGUCACUGAUUCUGAGCACUGUCACUGUCACAUAGAGAGACUCACACACACACACCUUCUCUGUUUCUCAAAAUCAUCAUUGCAUUCUGUUUCCUAUGGCUAUUGUACUUGUACCUGCUGCUGCUUCUUCACUUCCCUCUGAAGGGAUAUGUCACUCAACAUCAUAUGGAAUAACAUUUGACUCAAUCAAAUCUUCUAUGGAUGGCCGAAGGGUGCAUGAUCGUGCCAGCACGAGAUGUAAAAGUCCAUUUUUUGGAUCGUCACACUUCCUUUGGCUAUCCACUGGGCAUGAUUUGUGCCAGUCAAAGGUUUGUGUUGCUGCAGACUAUUCCGAUUCUGUACCUGAUUCAUCUAGUUACACGGGUAAACAAGGUUAUCAUCCUCUCGAAGAACUGAAGGUUUCCAAUGAUAUUCGUCCAGCUAGACUCUCUUCUGCUGAAAUAGCAAGAACAACUGUUGAGGCUAAUAGAAACGCAUUGCUAGUAUUUCCUGGAAUGGUACACUGUGAACCACAUGAACAGAUUUCAUGGGCCAAGUUUCGAUAUCUUAUUGAUGGUUAUGGAGAUAUAUAUUUUGAAAUCUUUGACGAUGCAAACCUUUUGGAAGAUCGUGGAGCAAAUAAUCCUGUGAAUGCUUUGAUUGGAAUGGACAUCCCAAUAUAUGAUAAUAGAAGGAUUGUUAGUGAAUACGACAUUUUCAACAGUGGCAACAAUGAUGACUUCCCAUUUGAUGAUGAUUAUGUUGAGGAUCUGGAAAUGGAACAGUUUAAUAUUCCAGUGAAUUGGGGACUGCCAGACACUACUAGCUCAGUUCAUCCUAUUUAUUUUUCAAAGUGCUUAAUAAAGGCUGUUAACAUGGAUUGUGAUAAAAGAAUGAACCAUCCUUCGAAUGGUGUUUCUAUUCUGGGGUAUCUCAGACCUGUUUAUGCUGAUGAAGAGUCAUAUCUAAGAAUGAUAUACCACACUGAAGAUGGUGAUGGAUAUAGCUCAAAGUGGAAAGCUACUCUUGCUCAUUGGCUUUUGUCUAGGGAUGCCAAUUUAGUGUUGCAAUAUACGAAGGCUCAUUGUUGCAAUAUAUCAUUGCAGUUCAUUGAUCAUAUCGCAUAUGGUGAUGAUUUUUGCUCAAAUAAUAUUAGUGAUAGAAGAGACAAUAGUUUGAGACUCUAUCGGUUGGAGAUACUGAAAAUCAAGCUACACUCUGUGUAUGGAUGUCAGUCUGAAAUUAGUUUGCUAGAGUUUCAAGAUGCUGAACCUGAUUUUCUUGUACACUCUACUUCGGCAAUUUUGAAAAACAUCAACGGAAACUGUGAUGAUGCUAUUAAAGCUCUUUGCAAAAAGAAAGGCAUUGAUGCUGAGGGAGCUUACUUGGUCGGGGUCGACAGCCUAGGCAUAGAUGUUAGAGUUUUUUCAGGGGCAGAAGUAAAAACUCAUCGUUUUCCAUUCAAAGUCCAGGCCACCUCUGUAUUUGUGGCUGAAAAACAGAUUCGGCAACUUUUGUUUCCCCGAUCUCGGCGUAAAAAGUAUACAAAGUCAUGGCGGAGUGCUUAAAAUCCAGCAUGAGUUGAGUAUCCCUAGGCAAUUAGUCCUUAUUUUCUGAUUUUUCCUUUAGAGUCUGAUCUGGAGCAAUUAAUAUGUACAUGUAUAAAUAGUUCCAUAAUCUGUACAUUAUUUCUGGGUAAGUCCUAUACAUCAUUUUUUUUCCCGUACAUUAAAGUUUAGGAAAAAUGGGAGGUAAGGGUAUUGCCACUCUACCAAGGGGGAUCACUGGUUGCAAGAAUUAAACCUAAGCUUUACUAGUGAAGAAUUUUGAUCCUUACCAGCUGAAUCAACCCCCAGUUGGCCCUUUACAUCAUCUUACUCCGGUUAAAAGAGGAUCAUGGCUGUUGUUGUUUUUUUAUUCCUCCUCUGCUUCCUCGCAAACGAAAACAAAUUCAAUCAAGGGUUACCU